CAAGGGUCGAAGACGCGUUAUUAGCGAGUACUCGCUAAUUUGCUUUUUAAAUAUUAAUUUAAAUAUUGCGACUUAACAGUAAUAAAAUAUCAAUUAUAACGUGGUUAGAAGUGCGGUGGUGCAAUUUGUGGCAAAAUUCUGACGUUUUCGUAGAAAAUGGAUCAACAUGACUUCAAAUGUUGUUAGCAGAGUAACCAGACAAACCAGAAGCUAUUGAUGAUCGUGGAAAAAUUCUGAUCUUUAUUUUGGCUUUGUAAACAUCCACAACCACAAGCAGCAAUUCAAAACCAUUACCAAACGAGAUCCACUGCCGAUUGCAGUCAGUAAUCACCGAUCGAACACCAUCUGCAAUGGAUAAUAUUUUGGAUUUGGAGAGGCUGGCAGUUUAUAACCGAUCGAAAUUUAUUGUCGAUCUAUCGAACUUGGAAAAAUCAACUUGUGGCCAGUAAAAUCGGGUUUCCAGACCGUUGUGGGCUGGCCACGGCAGUCGUCGCAGAUCACCGUGAUCCUUCUUACAUCCUGACCGUGCAAUGAGAGAUUAUCAAAAUGAAGGCGGAGGUGAUCGUAAUUGAGACACCAAUGGACCGUGGUUCAUCGGCGAUGAAGGAAAGCAUACACGAUGACGAAUUCGGCGUCGAGGCAGAGCUGACGAGCCUCUCGUGGUUACAAUCGCUCGAUAUUACAAGUGCUUCUAAUUUACCAACACCGCCCUGUUCUCCAUCUCCUCCACCUGUAAAUAGACAAGCAAAAAAAAAACUUUCGCCUUUGAUCAAGGCUGAACUGGAUUUGGCCGAGAACGCCGAAAAGUAUCGAACCGAUCCAGACGCAAAACCGCCAUUUUCUUACGCCACGAUCAUAUGCCUGGCGAUGCGAGCGAAUAACAAUAAAGUGUCUCUAUCGAACAUAUACGCCUGGAUCCGGGAGAACUUUUUAUUUUAUAAAUAUGCUGAUCCGGCCUGGCAGAAUUCGAUUCGGCACAACCUGUCGUUGAACAAGUGUUUCGUGAAGCUGCCACGGUCGAAGGGCGAGCCGGGGAAAGGCGGCUUCUGGAAGCUGGACUUGGAGCGUAUGGAGGAGGGCAAGAAGCUGAAGCGACGCGCGACGAUGUCGCAGCGUGUCCGCGGUAUGAAGAAGCAAAGCCCGGUGACCAAGAUUCUAGUGAACAAUCCGCUGAACCAUUGUGCACCGUCGAACAGCUCUCUGUCGACGCUGUACGAGACACCCCCGAGUAGCGUGUCCCCGCCAAUUCCAGACUGUCUCUCCGAAAUGACCGACUCCACGCAAGUUAGUUUAAGCGAGGACGACCUCACCGGCUUGUUAAUCGCGACCGCGGGCUGGGACGAGAAUCAGCUGGAUCUGUUGGAUUCUCUUCUGGACACGCUGUAGGAUCGUAGGACGUAGAAAUGUAGAGAAUCAACCGGUCGAUUUUCUUUCACGACUCGAUUAUGCUCAAAGACCGUUUCGUUCUCGUUUCUUACCGAUGCGCGUCUGAUUUCGUUCCUAGGUCAGUAAAUUCUCCUCGAUCGACGCUUGGGUUGUGCGCAAGAAUUGGGUAAUUCGGGGAGAGGAGAUGCGAUAUUUUACAGCUAUCGAUUGUCAACGACUGUAAAAAUGGCCCACGAG